GUGAAAGGUUAUUAUUAUUUUUUAAACUAAGUAAAUUGCUUUUUCUCCCAAUUUACUCAAAGCAGUACCUUACACUACAAAAACUAGCAACUGGUUUCCUCUUAAUGUCUAAACAACAUCAUUGUUAAAAAUUAGAGAUUUUGUCACAAUUUGUAUUUUUUAAAGGUAAGGUAAAUAAAGUAUCUUAUUAUACAGAAUUACAAGGUCUCAUUCUUGUACAUUUCGCUCUUCCCAAAUAUUCUGCAAUCAGAACCCUGAUUGCAAAACUAAGUACAUGGGUUUUCAAAAGACACCGGGCCAGAGAAUUCUUUCAUCCUAGUCCCAAUCUCGCCCCUGAAAGCGUGGGACAGGAAAGGCUGCGCCACGGGAUAUAAAUGAGGGCUUAUAAGGCCGUCGGAGGCCGCGGGGCUUGGGAGGCAGGCAAGGACCCAGCGUUUCAUUGCAAAGUCGAGACGACCUGGGCUGCCGUGACGCCGCAGUCGCCGGCCUUAGUUUCCCCCGCCCUGCCCGAGCGCGGCCGCGCCUCUCGCUCGAAUCCGGGUACUGCCGGCGACUCGGGUCGGUCCCUUCCGGUUGGUUCCGGCGUCCGGCCUGACAUGCCGGCGCUGCGGCUGCUGCCGCUGCUGGCGCGGGGGCUGCGGCUUGGGAAGCUCCGCGCUUCCGCAGGCCUGGCCUCCGCUGCCCGGGCCCACGCCGCUUGUUGCUGGACCCCGCCCCGGCCCAGCGCACUACCCUCGGGCCCCGGGCCCCGCCCUGGCCUCAACCUCUCCUCCAGCCCCUGUUUGCGGCCCGCCACCGCCGCUGCCGCCAGCCCAUACGCGCCGCCCGCAUGCGCCGCGACCAUGGAGCGCGCCGAAGCGGGAGAAAUUAAUUCCAAUGAGUGUGAAAAUGAAUCAAGAAAAAAGAAAAUGUCGGAGGAAUUUGAAGCCAAUACUAUGGAUUCUCUGGUAGACAUGCCAUUUGCUACUGUAGAUAUUCAGGAUGACUGUGGAAUCACUGAUGAACCUCAAGUAAAUUUGAAGAGAAGUCAAGAAAAUGAAUGGAUCAAGAGUGAUCAAGUAAAGAAGAGGAAAAAAAAGCAAAAAGAUUAUCAACCCAACUAUUUCCUAUCCAUUCCAAUCACCAACAAAGAGAUUAUAAAAGGAAUUAAGAUCGUGCAAAAUGCAAUAAUACAACAAGAUGAGCGACUGGCCAAAGCAAUGGUCAGCGAUGGUUCCUUUCAUAUUACCCUGCUGGUGAUGCAAUUAUUAAAUGAAGAUGAAGUAAACAUUGGUAUUGAUGCUCUUUUGGAAUUGAAACCAUUCAUAGAAGAACUCCUCCAAGGAAAACAUUUGACUUUGCCCUUUCAAGGGAUUGGCACUUUUGGAAAUCAGGUUGGAUUUGUGAAGCUGGCAGAAGGGGAUCAUAUAAACUCACUUUUGGAGAUAGCAGAGACUGCAAAUAGGACAUUUCAAGAAAAAGGCAUCCUGGCAGGAGACAGCAGAAGUUUUAAGCCUCAUUUGACCUUCAUGAAGUUGUCAAAAUCACCAUGGCUCCGUAAGAAUGGAGUGAAAAAAAUAGAUCCUGAUUUAUAUGAAAAGUUUAUCAGUCACAGAUUUGGAGAAGAAAUAUUAUAUCGCAUAGAUCUUUGUUCCAUGCUGAAGAAAAAACAAAGUAAUGGUUAUUAUCACUGUGAAUCUUCCAUUGUGAUUGAGAUCCUUUGAUAUUGUAUCUGACUGUAAUAUGUUUUAUAUAAAAUGCCUAAGGGACUAAGUGUGAGCAACUGAGAAAACAACAGUUUGUCAAUUCAUGAAUUGUGGUUCUAUUUGAUCUUCUGUUGACUGGAGUAAUGAUUCAGGUGAGUAUUUUGUCUUGAUUCUGGCUAUGAGUAAAGGAAGCUGCAAUUGACCAUCACAGUUUUAUAUUUGGUACCAGAGAACCAUAGCUGCCAAAUAUAUGUUCAUUGCCAACAACUUGGAUCAUGAUCAGUGGAAGCUUUUACCUAAGCAGUCAGUGUUAGUAUAAUAAGAUUUAGAGAAAGGCAGUUUCAUGGUUUUGCUGCUUGUUCUCCAGCCAUGUAUUUUAGCAAUUGCAAUUUUGUUUAUUAGUGUGGCAUACAUUAAUAUGUAUGUGAUAGAUUUUUUUUUUUAUUAGCAUGACACUCUUUUUCAGUGAUUUACUUUUUAGGCUUCCCCCCCCCCCCCUUUUUUGCUGUAUAAAAUUACUUAUAGACCCUUUUAAUCACUUUCUUAAUAUUAAUUGACCAAAAAGCAGAUACACAUUUUUAUUAAAAGGUAAACACAGAGCACUAGCAGACACUAGUAGUUUGCCUAUUCUGAGCACAUUUUCUUCCUUUUGGCUGGGAUACAGUGGGCCUCAGGCCACGUGGGCCUGACUUUUGCUCCGGGGGUGAUUAGCUCCAUUCUUCUUCCUAGUGAUUAGUGAAGGAAGUGGUGUGUGACCCAAUUUCAAUAUAUGUGAGAAGUCUGCUGGGGACCUCAGCAGUUUUCUUAUUCUUAAUCUACUGACUAGUAUUUGUAUUAUGGGACAUGGCUGCUUUCUAAGUUAAGUGCCUUUAAUCUGUUAAUUCUCUAGACCUUUCAGAGGAGAAACCAACAUCUUUCACGAGAAGAAAAGAAACGUAUUUCAGAAAUGCCAAUAGGACCCAAUGAGUUGAUAAAAAGAGAUUUAGAGGGAAGGGACUACCAUUUUUUAGCUGUCAAGUAUUAGGUGUACUUUGCUACCAUCUUAGCCAUGUUGGACACUGGGUGACUGUAAGUACACAUGCUGAGCGUGGGACACUAGGAGGAUGAGCCGUGAUGAUCUUGUCAAGCCACUGAAUUAACCACUUCUAGAGUGACACUACCAUAGCUUAUAGGAUUAUAGGAGAUAAUGACAUUUAUUUUUAAGCCAGACGAAUCAAUAAUUUUUGAUAUUUGCAGCUGAGUGCAUCCUAACAGAUACACAUUUCAGUUGUGGAUUAAGAAAUGUAUGAACAGAAAAUAGAUUCAGUGGGAUAUUUAAACGACAGUUCUGACAGUUACCACAUGUUGUUAAAAGGAUCCAUAAACAGACUAAUCAGAAUGAAUACUGACAGGGCCUAUUGGAGGCAUGUCAACCGGGGCCGUGGUGGACCAUGACAGAUUUUGAGACCUGCCAAGAGCAGCCUUGAUUUAACAGCAUUUUAUCUGGUAUAAAUAAAUUUUCUUUUAUUUUGAGGAUUCACUUUCAUUCUUCCUUAUCCCUUUAAGUGUUAUUAGAGGAAAAAAAGCUUUAAUAAUAAUAUAUUGAGUUAUUAAAGUACCUUUUAUUUGAAGCUUGACAUACCAGGAAAUGUGACUGACUGCUGUCUUGCCCAAGGUCAAACAGUGGGCCACUUUCGGAACUAAAUAUAGAUUGAGAGUAUUCCACAUGAAGAAUAAUUAGGACCUGUGAAAAACCUCCAGUGACUUAGAAAUUGUAGAACCAAAUUUUCUGUUGUUUAUAUUGUUAAACUACAAGUAAAAUCUUCUCAUUGGGCCCUGUUAGUGUUUCUGAAAUAUGUUUCUUUUCUUCUUGUGAAGGAUGUUGGUUUCUCCUCUGAAAGGUCUAGGGCAUUAAAAGAUUAAAAGCACUUGACUAAGAAAGCAGCCAUGUCUGAUAAUACAAAUACUGGUCAGUAGAUUAUUCUUUUCUUUUUUUUUUUUUUUCCAAAUAAGGUUUUAACAUCCAAACAUUUAACUUGUUUUUGAGAAAGUAACUCAUGUUAGUUUUUGUGAUUUCAUUAAUGCUUGAAAAAGGUCAGACUGUAAAAAGCAGGGCUAAACAGUAUCUGUCUAGAAUAAAUGACUGUUACUGACCUUUGUUCUCCUGUUACUGUUUUGAGUUAAUACACUGUCCAAUGUGAUUUGACACAAUGGGAAUGCUGGGCUCCUUCCAGCUGCACUAGGGCCAUGACUUCAGAUGGGGGGCUCGUACCCUCCUUGGGCCCUGGCUCUCUCACCUAUUCUGGCAGCACCCCUUGACAUAAGAGUUAACUUUACCACAAGCUAUGUGAUGAUCAUAUUAGCUCGUAGUAUGUGUUCAAUAAACAGUGGCUGGAAUUAAACUGGUAGCAGAGUAUGCUGUAAAUGUAAGGUGUCCAGAUACCUGCUGGGACUUGUCAGCCCUUCUUUCAGCCUCUUACAUCCAGUGCUCUACUGCUGUUAUGUCCUCUAAACAGGGAGAUAAAUUUUCCUCCGUAUUUCUCGGGGAAAAGGCUUUGACAAUACAUGCCGUUAAAUGUUGGGCCACACACAUAGAAAAUAACUGACUGAAUAGUAACCAUGGAGUAGGCAUUUGAAAAUUGGCACUAAGCAGAAAUGCAUCAGCAGAGAUUUUAGAAUGACUCGUGGAUUGGUGAAGAAAAAGGAAUUCUUUGGUAGCUCUUGGUAUCUACUUGUUUCUUCCCCUUUCCUAAAUGUACAUAUGCUGUAUAUGGCACCUUAUGCUUUUCUGUCUUCUGUUUUAUAGAAAAAAAAUUCUCUUUCCAAUUGCUAUACAUGUUAAAAUUGUAUAGCAUAUGGCAGUUUCAAAUACAAAUACCUCUAACUUUUAGUUUUAGAGAAAAACAAAAGCACCGUAAAGAGAAGUAAAAAGUCUGUUGAAAAUAUGACUAAAGUAGGAAUAAUGGUUUAACAAAAAAGAUUCUUGGCUUCCAGAUUUCACAGUUAAGGCUGAUUCUUUUUGCAGGUAAUUAAGAACAGGACUUAACCAGUGAGAUUUAUAGAUAAAGUUUUUCAGUUAUGGUUUAAUUGUGUUGUUUCAGAAUCUUUCUCUUUGGUUACAAAAUGACUACAAAGGUGCAGCAGUGGCUCAGCAAUAAAGGAGAGCAUCUUUUGGGUCUGGGUGAUAGAUGUAUGCCUAUCGUGGAUUGAUUAUUGAGAGCUGAAUUUUUUUUUUUUUUUUUUGAGAUGAAGUCUUACACUGUCACCCGG